GAGACUGGACUCCUUAAGGAAUUUGAUGUCGCCCAUAUUCAAGAGGCAUACCGCAUAUUAUCCGACGUUGACGAACGAGCAGUAUAUGACGCAUCAUUAAGCCGGUCCAAAGCUGUUUCUGAUGCACCCGCGAAUGUGUCACGGCCUCGACCAGCACAAGUCAUAUCUCUGGAAGAAUUCUCUUCCGUCGAUUCCGAGAGUAGUCCUUUCCUGCAGUGGUGCCACGCGUGCCGUUGCGGAGGCACCUACUGCAUCACGGAAGAAGACAUGGAGGAAGACCGACACAUAAUUGCUUGCGACCAGUGCUCGGAGGUCGUCUAUGUCGGUUAUGAGGCAUUGGAGGACGAAGAGGACAUUCUACAGUGACCACUUCUGCAAACGCGUAGGAACGCGUCGAUAUUUCAGUUUCUCACUUGGCCCUGUUGUGACUAGCGGGGCUAGAUCACUCGACGUAGAGCGGGUUGACGUUGGAAUCAGACAGGAAAUCCGACACAAUGGGUACCAAACUUUUGUUCUAAUACCCGAGAAAUUCACAAUACGCGCUCAUCGUUGAGCGUAGUACAAGGUCUUCAGCCUCUUUCCGCAUUCACCGGAUCCUUGAUCGUUCAAGUGAGCUCAUGAUAUCGGCUUCACUUGCCGACCAGAUAUUGAUUGUGGAAAUUGGCUGCAUACCUCUGGCCUCACGUCCAUCGCUCGCACAACACGAAGCUCUAAUUAUAUCCUCCUUCCCGCCUGUGCCUAUAUAAUGGCUAUGCGACACUGAAUACACUCAAGAAUAUCCAUGCUGUUUAUCGGUCUAUCCGGUAAGCAAAGCGCGUUCAAGCGAGUAAAUAUGUCGUUGGAUCAUGACCAUGCAGCCAGCGAGGGGGGAAGUGGUUACCGAUACGACCCUGGGCAAGAUACCAGGAAGCGAAUACAAAUUGGCCUCAUUAUCAGUGUUCUCUUCGGGUUUACCUGUUUGACUCUUGGGACGCUUAUGAAGUCUCAUGCGCUGCCGCUCAGUGGGAGUAGGUACAGCGGGGGGAAUCUGCGUCUCAUGCUUAACCCCUCGUACAUCCGAGAGCUUUUGUUACUGCUCUUGAACGUUACGAUGGUCAAAAUCUCCGUUUGGUCUAGCGGAACAGCACACGCAACUGCUUUGAAGUGGACGCUCGCCAUAGGGGUUAAGGAGCACGAUCGACAUACACACAAGAGGCGUCUGGAGUUUAAUUCAAAUCUGCGCUUCUUCCAAUCGUCGUACAAAUGGUGGACAGCUAAUGGAUUGCCUGCGAAUAUUAUUAUGGCUCUCUGUCUCACAAUUUCCUAUGCGGCGAGCUCCAUGGUUCUGUUGGGCAUGCAAGAUGAAACCGUCCCAUACAAUGCCGUAUUGUCUUUUGUAGCGCUGUACGUCCUGGGAUUCGCCAUAUUGGUGCAAUCGGCGAUUGCGUUCUGUGCGAUGCGAACGACGGAAAUACCAACUUGGAGCCAGUCUCCUUUUGAUGUGGCUGCCGCCUUGAUUGAAAAAGGCGAAUUGACAAGGAGGCCCGGUCGUUGUAUGCACGGCCUGGCCGACAUACACUAUGAAGGUCCAAAACACCCUGAGAAGCUUCAAGAAGCCGUGUGGGUGUCUCACCCGCAAUUUCGUCAAUUCACGAUGUACACCUGGAUUCUCGUCGCCGCUCUUUACUAUUGGACAUUCAUUAUGUGGGGAAUGAUGGAUUCUGGUACGAACGGCGCUCAUCAAGGGAGCAGUUGGGACCUUAUACCAUUAUCACCGUCGAACAACUCCGAUCCGAAAGGCGAAGCUCCGACGAUAGGCAUGUUAUGGGGCUUGGGCAUCUUGGUAGGGUUCCAAGGCGGCUUGAUCACAACAAUGUUGCAAUGCUCCGAGUCUAUCGCUGCCGCAGUGAGCGAUGAACAUCUUUGGCGCGAGGCUGGGACAGAGCAUGGCACCGACCCGUCGCCGGGUCCGUUCAAGCGCAUGUUCAUCAGCGGACACACUACCGCGAUCCACAUUUCGGAUCCGGUCCUUCACUGGCUUUUUGGUCUCGCCGUUGGUGUAAAUGCUGAUGCCGGUUUCCAGAUUCGGCCAGUACAGCUUUUGUACGUUGCUUUGGUUGCAACGGCCGGGACUGUUUCCCUUACCCUCGCUGGGAAGUCCCGUCCACGCACUAUGCAGCCUUCGGCUUAUGGUCACCUGCAAACCAUGGUUGACCUCAUUGAUGAAUGGUAUCCCAAGAGGAUGUAUUGGGGUCAUAAACACGAUGGACAUGCCGGCACGAGUGAUAAACCAUUGCCCGAAGUCGAUCCGAACGAACCUUACGGAUUUAAGGAUAAGAUUUUCAGGGACGAGAAGGCGGUGAAUGGUGAUCCUUAUAGGCUAUUAAGGUUUAGCGCUGGGGCAGCCUGUCGCCAACUCAUCCAAAAUUGCAAGGCAACUACCUCCUACUUCCCAAACUCAGCAUAUUUUAUUGAGGUUGUCAUGUUCCGCCAAGUAGUCUCUCUGUUAGUUUCAACACUUUUGCUUGCAACAAUUCACGCGUCUCCUUUACCAAAACCAAAUAGCGAGUCGGCUCGAGCUAUUCAGAUAGGUGGACAAAGGAUUGGAAAUGUUAAUCAGACCAACAAGCAAGUUCUCUGUGGAGAAUCAGUAAUUUCGUGCUAA